AUGUUGCACUCGACUUUCGCUCUCUCUCUCUUCACGGCCGUAGCAUCGGCACUUUCUGCGAGCAGCCUCAAAACACACGUUGGGUCUCUGUCGCUCUCGUCUAGCUUCAACCCGAUUAAGGAUGCUUACUGGACUGGCUACCCCCACCAUCGCCGCACGCCUUUUUCUGUAUCACCGGAUGGCAAAUCCGCUUACCUAGCGUACCUAGACUCCAGCGAGACCGGUGUUCACAUCCAGCAGGUCGACCCAUCAACUUUCGCUGCUGUCGGCGACGUCAUCUCUGUGAGCACUGGUAAAGAAGCCGGUGGACUUGUAGCCCACAACGAUGGCUUCGCUCUUCUUACGAACGAGGCGGUGACGGGUGUAACAGACCCGGUCGCUGUUCUCUACCGCUAUACUUCCGGCAAGCAGUCCUGGAAGACCUACCUUGGUGGGCCGGAUGUCGAGAACAGCAGCGGUCACACUGCAUCGCCUGACCUAAAUGGCGACCUCGCAUACUCCGAGACCGCGAAGACAUACGGUGCCUACUUUGUCGUCACGGCUUAUGACGGAUCUGCUAGUGGCCAUUUUGGUGACACUAUCCAGUAUGUUUCCGAUGAUGGUACUCUCAAGAAUAUUGCCGGUGCUACCAGCAACGGCUUUGGGUGCUCCCACAACACUGGAAUCGCGUUCGAGGCCGCCGACGAGGCUCCGUUCGCAAGUAUCUGUGCCGAAGACCAGGGCAACAUCUGGUUGAACACUGAGACUCAAUACAUGGCUGGAGUCAGGAUCAGUAACGAGAACGUUACAAACGGUGCGUCCAACGAGGCUAUGGGUGGCAUGAGUGGUUCGUACAGCAGCCUUGCACGCUUCGUUGAUAGCGACGAGUACAUCUUCACUUGGGUCUCCAAAGGUGCGAAAGACCUGACCACAAACGACUGGCUCGGCGCCCCCUACACCCACUCAAUAAACCGUACCGCCAACCGCAACGUCGCUAUCGCCCGCUUCUCAGACAAGAAAACCCUCAUCGGCGAGCAAGCUACCCAGGAGCUCGGUGGCUCAGGCGAUGACCAGGUGAACUGGAUCACCACUGGCACUGCUGAUCACUCAAACGCUCACGUCGCUGUAUUUGACAAGAGCAAUGCUCUCGUUACUUGGGAGGAGAUUGCUGAGCCCAACUGCCCGCUUGUUGCCUUCGGCUGCGAGGGCACUUUCACUGGUUCCUAUUUCCAGCUCGUCAACAAUGGCGAGAAGGUUGGCGAGGCCGUCAAGAGCACCAACGUCUAUGUUGCGGGUGACAUGGUUACGAUGAGCGAUGGUAGCAUCUGCUGGCCUUAUGUCGACAUGGACUGGAGCCUUAAUGCUGGCAGCCGGGCGGCUAGCGUCUCCAAGAUCAGCUUUGCCUGCAUGAGCAACGGCGGGUCUAGCUCUGACUCUGGCAGCUCCACUUCCACUAUCGCCUCGUCGGCUGCUGCUGCUACAUCAACCGCUGUUGCUGCCUCCAGCAAGGGUCCCGCCACGUCGGCUGCUCAGUCUUCGGCCAAAGCUUCUGCUUCGGACGCGGCCACGGAUGUAGAUGAGGUGGCUAUCUCGACCGCUGCCCCUAUCACCGAGACUUCUGCUGCUGCCCCAGUCGCAUCCUCUACCGCUGCCGCAGACGAUACCGAGAGUGCGCUGCCAUCCCUCAUUUUCGAAAGCGCUCGUGUUUCUACUGCCUCUGUCAGCGCGACUGGCAUUGCUCCCGUGCCCACUACCACGGACAAUGCCGCUUUCCAGAGCUCAAUUCUCAUCCAGUCGAGCACAGCUUCGGGCCAGCCUACAUCUUCCGUCGCUACGGUCUCACUUCCGGCUUCAGUCAUCGACUCUGCUGCCCCAGCACCGACCAUAAGCUCGAGCUUCGACGUUUGCGCGCCCGUAUCCGCUACGACAGUUACUCAGGAGGAAGUUGUCACUGUUACCGUGACGCCGUCCUCUGCUGCCCAGCCGGCUGAACCCACCGCGCCUGCCUCUGAAGCCCCAUCUUCUGGCAGCCCUCCGUACCCUACCGUGUCUCAUACAGGUCGUCACCACCACCGACCACACCCCACUGGAACAUUUCCUAGCGGGUGGUUCCCGUACCCUAGCGGCGGCUUCAGUGGUCGGCCUCGUCCUACGGGCGGUUUUGGUGGUCGACCCAGUUUCCAUGCCCCUAGCGGUUUCCUGACACGAACCAAGCCUGCACCCGAGGCUACUGGUGCCAACCCAGUCGCUUCAUCCGCGGCUCCGGCCGUUCCUGUCUAUGGCUCGUACUAG